GUAAGAGGAAUCUUUUUGGGAAACUACGAAUUUCCUGUUUGAGCUCAUUAGUUUUUAAUUGUUGCAAUUGCUAACCGGAAAUAAUGGGCGUAUUGCAGCCKAUUGGAAGAGGAGACGAAUAUACUCAUGGUUACAACAAAUGAGUUAAAACUUGACUGCUUUUAAUGUUUAAGUCAAUUAAUAAAUAUUUUAUAGGCAGGCUUUUAAAUAAAUUAGUUUUCAUGUCCCAGCCAGUAAACCUUUUAUUUUGAAGUUUCGUUUGCUCACCGGAAGUAAUAGUUCCAGGAAGCUUCCUGCAGCAGGUUGUGGAUGUGAGGACAAAGAUGCUGGACGGAGCGUCAAACAUGCUGCUUAGAGACGGACGCCCUGGUGGCUAAAGUUGUGUUUAAUAUUAAUAUUAUGGGGAUACAAAUUUAAAACGAAUAAAAGGCAAAAAUAGCCGACAUUUUUUUCAAUUAUGUCUUAUGGCCAAUUCAACGCUAAAAAGUGCCUCGUCGCAGCAGCGGCGGUGCCUGUCGUAGCCGGUUUCUCCUCGGUGUUUUGUCCGUCUCAUCWGUGACCAUGGAUGUCAGAGGGGUCCUGGAGUUUGCCACCGUUACCAGGGGCCUCUCCCUAUUUUUACAGGCUGUCCUGAACGCUGCCAUCCCUGAUCAUGAAGCUGAUGCCUUCAGGCCCCCUAAGACAGAGGAGCCCCUGUACCUGGACAGUGUGGUGGAGUGGCUGUUCGGGGGUCUCUCACAUUGGGACGCUGAGCAUUUCCUCUUCAUCGCGGAGCGAGGCUACCUCUACGAGCACAACUUUGCCUUCUUCCCUCUCUUCCCCGUGGUCCUGCGGGGGCUGGCGGAGACGCUGCUGUGGCCCCUCAGCGGCUGGCUGAGCGUGCGGGGUCGGCUGCUGCUGGCCGUGUCUCUGGGCAACAGUGCCCUCUUCCUGCUGAGCGUGGUCGCCCUGCACGCCCUCAGCAGGGCGGUCCUGCAGGACCGGCGUCUCGCCCUGCUCUCCAGCCUCCUGUACUGCGUCACGCCCGCCAACGUCUUCAUGACGGCCGGCUACUCCGAGAGCCUGUUUGCCGCGCUCACGUUCGGCGGCCUGUUCCUCCUGGAGAAGGGCUUCACCUUCAGAGCCUGCCUGGCCCUCAGCAUCGCCACCGCCGCACGCUCUAACGGACUCGUCAACAUCGGGUUUCUCCUCUAUCUCCCGUCGCUGCACGCCAUUUCGCGGAUUYGCGCUUACCGUACGACGACGAAAGGCUGCAGCAAAGUCCUGUGCUACGUCUGGGUYGUGGCGCGCCUCCUGCUCACCUCCCUGUUGGGCGCCACGAUUAUCGCCCUCCCCUUCUGUGCGUUCCAGUACUACGGCUACAGGACGUUCUGCACCCCGUCCACCUCCCUGGAGCAGGUCCACCCUGCUCUUCUGGCGCUGGCUGAACGGAAGGGCUACCGGGUGCCCAAUGAAAACGGCCCCCCUCCCCUGUGGUGCAUGAGGCCCCUCCCUUUGCUUUACUCGCACAUUCAGGACGUGUACUGGGACGUGGGCUUCCUGCGUUACUUUGAGCUGAAGCAGAUCCCAAACUUUAUUCUAGCUCUGCCGAUGGCGACGCUCGGCAUCGUGGCCGUUUACGCGUACUUCCAAGCCAACCCGGAGCUCUGUUUGAGACUUGGGCUUUGGGACACGGGGGCCAAACCGGGACUGGACAAACCCAUCCCAGGCUUCUUCAAUCCCAAAGUCUUUGUGUACGUCGUGCAUUCAGCCGUGCUCCUUGUUUUUGGAACUCUGUGCAUGCAUGUACAGGUUUUAACCAGAUUCAUGGCCUCCUCGUCUCCUGUGCCCUUCUGGAUAAGUGCUCACCUGCUCCUCCUGAACGAGCCUCUUCUUCACCGGAGGAAGACCUCGACUCCCAACGUGCAGUCACAGACUAGCCUCAGAAACGGCUGCAAGCACACGCUCCAAAACCCCAUCACUGCACUGCUGCCACACUUUAAAGCCUGUUCUCCAACCACGCAGUGCAUCCUGGGAUACUUCCUCUCGUAUUGGCUGCUGGGCCUGGCGCUGCACUGUAAUUUCUUGCCGUGGACUUGACUUUUUUUUUUUUUUUUACUGUCGAGGAUUAUUGUUUGCAUUAUUUGUGUGUCAAAGGUUGCUGCAUGGAUGUGGGACAAAAAAUAUUGUUGCAUAAGCUUUAAAAUUUGAAUUACUUGAUUGUUUUAUCUGCGCUGCAUGUUUUAAGGAAACUAUUUAAAGUCGAUGCUUGGGAUAUUUUGAAUGAGAUUGGAAAAUAAAAUACUUUUAAGGAA